AUGGACGAAAGAUUACCUGACGAUGGCUUCAAAUGGUUUGGCGAAGGGUUCGAUGGCUUCCCAAAACGGCUACCAGACGAUUGCGUCGAGUACAUCAUUCAUGUGAUCGACGAGAAGCUAAACAGCACAUGGGCCCUCAGAAAUCGAUUGAAAGAAAUACUCAAAGCAGCCAACGCGCUCAAAAAGGAGCGUCUGGCAGGAUAUAUCUGGCAACGGGAUGCGUUCGAUCUCACUGUCCACCCAAAGGUCGAGCUCGAUGGAGACUCUACCUCUAAGCCGUACCUCCGCGGUCGAACCAACUUUGGCGACUCAGUCGCAGACGAAUGGCUGAUUGUCUACCUACUCCAUGAGCUUAGUAAGGAAUUUCCUGAUGCGUGGAUCCGCGUGUACGACACAGACGGCGAGUUCCUGCUGAUUGAAGCUGCGAACUCCCUUCCCAAAUGGCUCAAUCCAGACAUUGCCGAGCAUCGAGUCUGGAUGAACAAUGGCCAUCUCAAGAUAAUACCACUGAGUGAUGACUGCACAUCUCGCAAGUUGAGCCUGCAGGCUGCUCUCAAGAUCAUCAGAACUACGCCGCAGAAGCUGCUCGUUGAACCAGCGAUUGAGGAGGAAGCCUUCUACCGUCUACGGGAGUAUCCUUCUGCCAUCUCAUCGUCUCUUCAUCAUUCUCUCGUUACCAUUCCAAGACGUCUGGCUUACAUCCUGCAUCGAAACCCGACGAGUAUCUCGCCGGCUAUCGAAGCAUUCUAUCUCCGAGACACCAUCAGCUUGAAACCAUUGUCUACAAAAGAUCUCAGUACGCUGUACUUCCCGCCCGAGGAUUUCAUCACCGUCAGUGUCAAGUUCACAAAGGUCGGCUACGCUCAGCUAAAGAGCCAAGUCUUUGAUCUGCCGCCUGCUUGGAUCGGGAUCUUGCCGAAGAUGAAGGAUGAAAAGAUCGUGAUGGGAAUGAAGCUCACCUGCGGCUUUGAGAUGUUGGUUGCGGAUCCUCAGAGUCGGGACAAGCGAGUCGUGAGGGAGAUAAAGAUGCUUUUAGAGGACGUCGAAAGUGGAGAGGAGACGUUACCAUCCGAGGCUGAUAUCAAAAGCUGGCCACAAACACAGGACGAUGAGAAGUGGCUUGAUAUUGAUUACAACGAAUUUGAGAAAGAGCUUUCCGGCAAAGGGGGAUCUCGGGGGAACAGCAGGAACGGGGGUUUCGGUGAUCAGGGUGCUCAGGAGAAUCUCCGCAAAAUGGUCGACCGCUUCCAGGAUUUUGUGAACGACGAUGAGGCUGGCGUGGAAGGGGUGGACGACAUGGAGGAAGACGACGAUACAGAGUCUGAAGCCUCGACGAAGAUCGACGAAGAUAGCAAAGAGCGCGCCCAGCCUUCAGAAGCCGAUGAGGAAGAAUUUCGACAAGCCGUGAAAGCUGCUCAAUCGAUGCCUGCAUCUCAGGUUGAAGAAAGCGGCUUGCUGGCUGAGGCGAGAAGGCUUGCGCUCGAAGAUGAUGAAGAUGCGAGUGAUGUCGACGAAGACGAAGAAAUGCGCAAAGUGAUGGAAUUGAUGGAGAAGGAACUCAAAGGCCACGGAGCUCUCAACCUCAAACCUGACGGCAAACCAGGAAGGGGAAAAGGCAAGGCCGCAGCAUCCGACAAGCAAAUUGAACAGUUCCAGAAACCUUUCUUUGGACCCGAACCCCCUGCUACUAUGGCGAAGAAGAACGUUCGCUUCAACGACGCAGACGACGAUGAUGACUUCGUUGGUCCUGGCGAUGGAGAACUCAGCUCUGAUGACGAGGAAGAGUACAAUGAUGUGAAUCUGGAUCUGGCGAAGAAUAUGUUGGAAUCCUUCAAGGGACAGGCGGGUAUGGCUGGGCCCGCAGGGAACUUGAUGACAGCGCUGGGCGUUUCCAUGCCACGAGACGAAGGGCAUGCGGAGGAAGAGAAGGAUUGA